CAAUGGACUCGGAGGAGGCAACAGAGACGCGAGAUCGCGAGAUUGAGAGACGGCUUAAUAAUUUAUAACGGUACAACAGUGUAACACUGAUCACCAUUCACCACUGUCAAAAUCAUUUGUAGAGGCAUUUAUUUACUCUUUACCUCGAAGGGACAGCACAUUAUGGGUAUGCUGGAAAUCGGAUAUGCUUGGACAUUUCCGGACUUCUCUGCUCCGAUCGACAUGUUCGAAGUUGACUAGCGACAAGUGAAGUCAAGCGUCAUCACAUUUGUACGAUAAGGCAGUAACAGAGCAGAGCCUACACUUGUUACUACUUGCUUGAAGUUUCCAAGCUCUGCUGCACUGAAAAUGCUGAAAAUGCCACGCCAAACCGGUGCCUUUCCGCCAGUUAACAACCUCCUUCAGAAGAAAUGGAAUGCCAAAGCUUACAAGCAACAUUUAGAAAAGAGGAAAUCUGUGAAGACAAGCCUGAAUACCAAGACGCCUAAAUCCUACCUGCAUCUACAACUGAACCUCAAGAAAAUCCAGCUGGAGGAGCAGAGGCAAGAGGCAAUUGACCAGGAGAACCGCAUCCUUCUGGCUAAACUGACCAAGGUCAUCCGUUCAGCAGGACAGCUGGACAACUGGAAUGAAGACUAUGAUGAGCUGCCCAAAAGUUUGAACAGGCCUCACAUGCUAAGAGAGCAAGAGAGAAUAGCUGCUGAAAAUGACAAGAUAUCCAAACGACUCCUCAGCGUCACGGCAGAAUACAAUGUUGACCAAUGGGAGGAUGAUUACUUGCUUCAUGAGUACUAUCUGACACUGAAGGCCCAAGAGACUAAAAGCUUUGAGGUUGAAACGAGGGGCUUUGAAGAAGAUGAGCCCCAUUUCUACAACAGGGAUCAGGAGGUUGCCACCGCCAAUGGAUCUGUUCACCAGUCCGAGCCUGGGCAGACAGAGACCGAGGAGCAGGUCGAUCAAGUCAGCAUCAGCCCAUCGGGUACAAGCAAGAACAAGACAGUGGUGAACAAGAAAGCUCCCACCAUCUUCCGGAGGCCGAAGCCCCAGCCCAAGCUGCCCCUGCUGGGACACAGUAGGAAGAAAGAGGAAGAGAAGAGAAAGAGAGAAGCGGCAAGUAAACCAGCUCCAUAUGAUGACAAGGAAGAUGCUGCCAGGCUCUUCAAAGCUACCAAGGGAAUGACCAAAGCUGAGACGGCUUUCAUCCAUACCUUGGCCAGGAGGACCUACAGCCAGAGGCAACAGACCAAAGAGAUAUUUGAAAAGCACUAUGAACUGGACCUUGAGGUAGAGCUGAUUGAAGUCCUUGGAGAUGAGUGGACGGACAUCAUCAGCAUCCUCCUGGCCAAGCGAGAAAUGAUUGAUGCUACUGCACUGCGACAGGCACUCAAGGGAGAGUUGCCUUUGACAGACACUGUGAUGGGACUUCUGUGCACAAGAAAUAAUGCAGCAAUCAGUGUUAUCAAGAAGGCAUAUGCCAAGGAGUACGGCACCCAGCUCGCUGAUGACAUCAAGAGCGAGACCAAAGGCCAGCUAAGACAUCUCUUCCUUGCCGUAGCCAAGGGCACUCGCAUGGAGGGCAGUGAGAUUGACCCCGACCGAGCCAAGCAGGAUGCUGAGAUCUUGAACACUGAGUCUGAGGAGGAGAGAUGGAAAGCUGACACUGGCAAACUAGCAGAGCUGCUGCGAAUCGCUAGCUUCUCCCAGAUCAGAGAGGUCUUGGAACAGUAUGAGCAGCUGUAUGGAAGGAGAGUUAUGGAUGAGAUACAGCAGCAACUGGGAGGGGACUACAGGGAUGCUCUGCAAGCAAUGGUGAAGUGCCUGUACCACUGUGCCAUGUACAUGGCGGAGCGGUUCCGCAUCAGUCUGGUGAGGCAGAACAGUCCCAGUUUGAUCAGGCUCGUCAUCACCAGAUCAGAGAUUGACAUGCCACAAAUCAGGAAGGCAUACCGGCAGCGAUAUGGGGAGACCCUGAUGGACGCAAUCUCAAGCAUCUGCCAGGAGCCGUACAAGAAGGCGCUGAUCAACAUGGUGCUGGUGCACGGGUGCCCAGCCAAUCAGCAGGAUCAGCAGGAGGGUGAGACCAGAGGUGCCUUCAGUGCCACCAAGGUGCCCAGCCUCCCAAAGGUAACAUCCCCAGCCAACAAGACCAAGCCAGUACGACGUCCCUCACCCAAUAAAACAGCCACACUCAGCCCCACCAACCCCCUGGUGAAGAGUGUCAAGGCAGCACAGCAACAGCAACAGCCACCUGCCAAGGAGUCUAUUUUAGUCUCUAGGAGGCCGGGCGCAGUCCCCAAGAAGACGGUGACUGUAGUUGACCCAAGAGCCAAACAGACUCCCCCAUCUUCUGGUGGGAAACCAAGUGCCAUCAGGCAGAGCCCGUCCAAGGGGAAGAGACCAGUACUGGGCUCCAAAGUAGCACUGAGUUCACCGAACAAAACAUCUCGCAAGCCCUCCGUUGAAAAGAAAGAGAAAAGGAUAUCAGGAACUCCACGGAUCCUGAAAACAGACUCACAAGCCUCGCUGAAGACGGAGGACCCAAAGGCACAUGAAACGCAAGAAAAGCCAGACUCCCAAGAGAUCAUCAGCACAUCGCGAGGGACUGAUAACAGAGACGGGAGUGUGGUGCGCGAAAAGUCAGCUGGGGGUGUGGAUACUUCUGAGGUACAACCAAACAUGAAUGUCGCUCAAGGAACUAGAAGUAGUGAAAAGAGUGGCCCCGAAGAUAAAGUUGCAGAAAACGUUGAUGAAGAUUCCUCCCGGAAAUCUGUCCCACAGACUGAGGAAGGCCAGACAGCUGUUGUUGAUGAAGGCUCAUCUCAAAAAGAUGUCCCUCAGACUGGAGAGGGACAGACAAUCAUUGAUAAUAAGAAUGACGAGAAGGCAGUGGUCACCCAGACAAAUGAAGAGGGACAGACACAGGCAGAGAAGCAGGCCAUACUCCAGUCAAAUGGGACUCAGCAGGUCAAACCAAACCCUGAGGCCGAUGAUGGAAAAAAAGCAGCAGGCUCAACCAUCAAAUUGGAGAAUGCAGAAGAUGGCUCCAAGGAAGCAGGAAGAAACGAGAAGGAAACAGAGUGAAAAGGCCUGAACAAUAUAGUCAUCUCACCACAGGGAGCAGUAUGGACACCAGACAGGAACUCUAGACAGCACUGUGUUGCCAGCUCUAGAGAAGUGGAAAGAUUAACACUGGUGUACACAUCAAAAUUAGAGCAGAGAGUGUGCGGGCAGGCCAGUUUUCAUUUGAAUGUGCACAAAAACCUGCAUCAUUGUUUGAGGAGUGAUCCUUUUGUGAAUGGAGAACUACAGGAGUGGCUUGCCAUUUUCAGGACCAGGUGUGGUUGGGCAGGGUUGUCAUGAUUCCUAAAGCACUGUGUGUGCAUGAGGUACACUUCCCCUUUAUCAUUUUAAAGCCAUGUGUAAAACCAGCGUAUCUCAGUACACAGGCAAGCAUUUGCCAUGCAGCAGCUGUCCAUGGAUUAACUAGAGCAUAAACAUUCCACUUUUUCAUUUUGCUCAACUAAGAUGAAAAAACAGACUUCAGAGCUAGCCAUUCAAGAAGUGUGCUAAUAAGGGUACUGUGUAGUUGGAUCUAGUGUUAGUGGGAAGUCGAGUGUAAGCAAAGGAGUUCAGGUUUGGUUUCCUUGUCAGAAGUAAUGUUGCUUGUUGUCUGAAUGUCUAUUCCGUCCAAGUUGAUGUACAUGAAGUAUAUGUAUACAUGUAUUGUACAUGUACUUUCUUGAAUUAAGUUACAAUGUACAUGUAAUGUAUUAUAGACUCUCAAAUGUUACGUUUCAGACUUUUAAGAAAGGGUUAUGGGUUAUAUUUGAUCACUUUUGUUUAUAAUCAUGUUAAUAAUAGUAUAAAAGUCAUAUGGUAAACUACAGUGUAUUUCACUGUCUAUCCCAUCCUCCCUAUCAGAAAAAUAGUAUUUCCCAACCUGUGUGUAUUCACAGCAAUUAACACAGGACUGGAUCUGUGAUGAUUAACAAGUGUAUGGUAGUGUGUUGUGAACUUUAAAAAACGAAGGCACCUGUUGACAAUUCCAUUUUGUAAGUUUCAUUGGUUAUGAAAGGAAUCUAAAUUAAGAGACUAAACAAGGCUGUGAUGUCAAGGUAAGGCCUAUUGAAUACUUUAUUAGUACAUAGCCUGAUACAUUGUACUUGCCAACAAGUCAGUUGUACCCCCCCCCCGUAUUGUACAAAAAGGAAGAUCAAAAGGAUCCACGGACAAUGAAUCUAGAAGCAUUAUUAGAUGGUUGAAACAUCUAUUCCUGAUCCCAAUCCACACCAAAGACAAAAUAAGUUUUGUACACAAAAUCAAUCACAAAUAUAGCACCAGUACAUUUACACGUAUUGCUUGUA